AUGAAGACAAUCACAUCUUUGGCCAGCUUUGUUGCUCUCGGCUCCGCUCUAUUUGCAAAGAGUGCAUCUGCCGAUCAACACUUUGUAAACUUUUAUGAAAUUUACAACGUUCUCUCCGUCACAGGUCAAUUGGAAGUGCCAACAAAAGAUUUGAGUGGUACACCAUACUUGUGGCCCGGUCUUCAACCUUAUAACAAUCAAGGUGUCUUGCAACCAGUCUUAGAUGGAAGAAAUAAAGGCUGGUUCUUCGGCAACAAUUACGUCGGUAAACCUUCCGAGCCUUACGGUGGAGGCGUAGGUGCUCCUCUUGGAAGUACAUUGAGCUAUGUCAUGCGUAACUCAAAUGACGGCAAGAAUAACUGGUAUUCCGAAGUAUCGAAUGAAAACGGUGACAAGGCAAGUUACACGUAUGAACUCGGUCUAACGAUGACACAAGCAAUCUUUGAUUGUGAAUUAUACGAUGUUGAUUGGAACUUUGGCGAUGUUAUUUUCAAGAAUAUCGAAAUUAUUGCUUCAGGUUCAGAUUUGAGCUGGUGCAACGAUCAUCCUUAUUCAAGCUCUGUUAACUACAAGGUUGACGGUGUCACCUCAAGCAAGGGUGAUAACACAGUCUCAUGCAAGAUCGAAAAGAUUACCUUGUCACCUCCAUCAUAAGAGAUUCUCUAGAGAAGUGACUUUUGAGAUCUCAGAACACUUUAUGGCCCUAUAUGCUUUUCUUUAAAAUAUCGAG